UAGAAGGCGGGCCCUGUCGUGCGAGAGAUCAGACCGACAUGUCUUCCGUUACAACGACUGUCCUCCAGGGAACUUUGUGGGGGAAGGUCGCCACCACUCACACUGGCAAGAAGUAUUACAACUUCCAGGGCAUUCCUUAUGCCAAGCCGCCGGUUGGUCCACUCAGGUUCAAGUCACCUGAGCCUGCGGAGCCGUGGUUCAGAGUGAGAGACGCCACGAAGCAAGGCAUCGUGACCCCUCAGGUCAGUGAGACCACGUGGCAGUACAUGGGGGACGAAGACUGUCUGUUCCUCAACGUCUACACACCUCAGAUGCCGAGUGAUAGCAGCGGCGCCCUGAUACCGGUGAUGGUGUGGAUCCAUGGCGGCGGUUACACGGUCGCCUCUGGGAACACCGACAUGUACGGUCCUGACUAACUGCUCGAUCACGGUGUCAUCAUUGCUGCUCGAUCACGGUGUGGUCAUUGUCACACUCAACUACGGACUCUGCGUUCUGGCUGCGUUACCACUAAAUUCAAGAAAAAAUCACUUAAUUUUGUUCAUUGUUUUCACUGUUUCUUCCGUGUACUACUCUCUAAAAAUAAAGAAGAACAGCCUUCGAUCACAAUAGUGAUUUCAUUUCAAUGCACGAUGCAUUUCGAGCCUUCAGGGCUCAUCUUCAGGUGC